CCAACCAGAGGCAACAAUGGCCCCUUUCAGGACUGGUAGAGAUAGUAUUGUAAGCGGACGGUCUGUGCGUAGGAAGAUGGAACCAUUCCUCCCAGGCGGUUCGUCGCGGCGAUCUCGGAGCUAGCCUACUUAUAGGCGUCGCUAUCCCACUGCUGAACCUCAAUCGCGAGACCCUGGUUUUUCGAAGCUGGUUGCGACCGUGUCUCAAAUGAAUCAUGGGCCCGUAAGGGUGGAAGAGCACUCCUGCGCGGGCGGACCUGCGCAAGAUGAUGGCCGAACAACCGUUGCCUGCUCUGGAACCCGACCUCAUCGACCCUGUGACAAUGGCUGACGACGAACCCACGGUUCGGCCAGAACAUGGAGACACUCCAGACUGUUUCUAUGCCAGCCAAGCGUACUGGAAGGACCAAUUGGCGCUGACAUACCACCUUCGCACCUUCAACACGCCGAGUGUGAUUGCUGCUGCGCUCUUGGAGACUGCUCCCCCGCGCGGACUGGGAGAGGUGUCUGUAGACGGGGCUGCGGUCUUUAUCCCUGCGACACCCACCCUGCAACUCAUCGACUGCGGAAUCACUUCUCGCACGAGCUCCCCGGCGGCGACAGGCAAAGGCAAGAGCUACCGCGUUGGCGGCGCGGCUGAAGGCACUUGGGGUGGAGAGAGUGUCAUGGCCGAGCGCAACCCCCGCGUGGGUGACAAUUGGGCUCAUCGCUACGACUGCAUGCGCUUCCACGUUCCCACCUCCUUCUGUGACUUUCCAUUUAUGCCAUACGGCCCUGACCUCCGGUCCCCCCAUCUGCUCUCGCGCGACGAUUUGGCCGAGCAGGUCAAACGAUAUGUUGCGACUUUCCAGCUCAACAUCAUCACGUCGGCGCACAUCCAGCCAACCCACUACGACCAGACGACCCAGCAAUGGCAGAUCAAGCUCCAAACUCCCAGCGGCCAAAAGCCAGCCGUCGCGAAGCACCUCGUCCUCGCUUCAGGCAUCGCAUCCCAACAGCGCUACGUACCGUCCCUCCCCAAUCAAGAAACCUACCAAGGCAUCAACAUCCACUCAACUCAAUACCAAAAUGCCAGGAAGCUCGUCGAUCAGGCCGCUAAGACCGUACUGAUCAUCGGCUCCGCAAACACAGCCUUCGAUAUCCUGGAGGACUGUCACGCCGCCGGCCUUCAAAUCACGAUGGUUGUGCGCUCACUCACCUACAUCGUCCCGAUCGAAUACCUCCUCGACAAGCGCAGCCUGGGCGCCUACGACUUUGGCGUCGAAGCCGCCGACCGGCUCUUCCUCUCCCUGCCCAGCGUGAUUGACAGCCAGCUGGGUGACGGCUUGAUGAAACUCUUCUCAUCGCAGGAGUCCUACCGCUACGAUGCCCUCGCCGCGACCGGCUUCCCAGUCCGCGACAGCUCCCACCGCGAAUCGGUCCUCAUGCACAACCUCCUCGAGCGGGCGGGCGGCCACUACGUCGACAUUGGUGGAACCAAGCUGCUCAGCAAGGGGAAAGCCGGCGUCAAGGCGAAUGUUGAACCGACCGGCUACACGGCAACCGGCCUGCAAUUCUCAGACGGCAGUACGUUGGACGCUGACGCGGUGGUUUGGUGUACUGGAUUCGCAGAUCGACAUGUUCGUGAUACCACGGCGUCUAUCCUCGGUGGUGGUGCUGCUACUGCUCCAUCGUCAAAUUUGUCAGACGUAGAUAAAAACAACACAGAUGCUACAGCCGGUACUACUCCCAUCCUCGGCCCCGACGAGAUUGCUGCCCGCGUCGACGCAACCUGGGGCGUAGAUGCAGAGGGAGAAAUCCGCGGCAUGUGGAAGCGCCAUCGGCUGCUCGACAACUUCUGGAUCAUGGGUGGAUUCACGCAGCAGCAUCGCUGGCAUUCGCGCACGCUGGCGGUGCAGAUCAAGGCCGCCUUGGAGGGUGUUUUACCGCUUGCGUAUCGAGAUACUCCGCGUGUCUAG